GGUCGCUGGAACCCCAAAGGCGUGCUACAAUAAAUCUGCUGGCCAAUUAGCCAUUCGUAAAGCAAACCAAGGUUUCUUCUGCUUCCGGCACAGUGAGGCUCUCUCCCCCCAUAACUCGCUGUAACAAAGGACAAGCUCCUCGCAACAUAAGUCUACGGAUUUGGAAACCAGUUUGGAACCAUCUGUCUACUGCUUUCUAGAAAAAGAGGCAGGCAGGACCAGCAGUAACACCAGAACCGCACUUCACCGCAGUCGGUCCGAACUUUACCGGUACGACUGAGCUCCCCGCUAGCACCGAGUCAUCGAUCUCGCGAGAUGAUGGGUCCUCGAAAGGCACAAACUUCCCCCUUUGCGAGCGCCGAGGUUUUGCUGUCAAAUUCCGGGAGUGCGGAAGUGGCCCCGUGGUGCUGCCUCUAACCGUUCAGAAGUCAACUCCUUUUCUACACGAAAAGCUAGGCCUCAGACCGCUAUGGAUGGGCAGCAAGGGCAACCAAGCCAAGCAUCGCUGGCACUCGCCCAAGCUCACUUCAACAAGGGCGAAUACGCGGAAGCCGAGACGCUGUACUCCGCUUACAUUCGCCAGUGCGCCUGUGCAGGCUCCGAGGGAGCUGCGCCCGGGAGCAAAUGCAGCCCAGAGGACUUGGCUACUGCGUAUAACAACAGGGGGCAAAUCAAGUACUUGAGGGUUGAUUUUUAUGAAGCCAUGGAUGACUACACAUCUGCCAUACGAGUCCAGCCCACGUUCGAAGUUCCGUAUUACAACAGAGGGUUGAUAUUGUAUAGGCUGGGAUACUUUGAUGAUGCUUUGGAAGAUUUCAAGAAGGUAUUAGACUUAAAUCCUGGAUUCCAAGAUGCUACCUUGAGCUUAAAACAGACUAUUCUAGACAAAGAAGAAAAACAAAGAAGAAUUAAUGAAAAAAAUUAUUGAAAGUUUUAGCAUAAUUGAAAUAUUAACUCAUGAUCCUUAUACCUGGCAUCUCGUUGCUUGUAAUGUCAAGUUAGGUGUUGAGCUAUUUCAAUUUAUAUUUAAGGUAGAGAUUCAUUAUUAGCACCGAAAGUUAAGUGAUGUAUUUAAAGUAGUUAAUUUCAGAUUAACUAUGUUGGAUAAGUUGCUUUUUAUAAAGUGUAAAUAAAUAAUACCAAGGUAUAGUGUGUUAUUACAGUAAAAUAUUUAAAGAAGAGUGUGGCAUUUUCUUCAGUAAAACUAUAUUUUUUGUUGUUUUCUAUUCUCAACUUUGUAUUUAAAAAAUUUGGCAUCUACAGAAAAGUUGAAGUACAAUACAACGAACAUCUAUAAACUCUUCACUUGGAUUCGCUAGUUGUUACCAUUGGACCACAUUUGCUUUCUCUCUGUAUUUAAAUAUAUAAAUUUUGCUGAACCAUUUGAAAAGAAGUUGCAGAUAUCCCAAUACUUUACCCCUAUAUGUUUCAGUCUGCAGCUUCUAAGAAUCGAGACAUCCUCCACUGCAGCUGCAAUACCAUUAUAGUACCUCAUAAAAUUAAUAAUUCUAUAAUAUCGUCCAUACCCAGCCCAUGUUCGAAUUUCCCUGAUUGCUUCCGCCGUGUCUCACGUAGCUUUUUAUUUCUGGACCUGGAAUGAAUCAAGUUACGUUGCCUCUUGUUGUUGUACCUCUUUGAGUUCUUCUAAUCUAGAAUAGUUCCCUGCCAUUUUCUCCCCGUGGCAUUCACCUGGCGAGCAAAGCUUUUUUAUACAGCUAAGCUAAAGAGAUGCCACAUUGGGACUUAAAACCAAACAUGUUCUACAUGCGAACAAUUUGAAACCAGUCUAGAUUUUCUCCAGAAAUCAUUGAUAAGAUAGGUUGAUAUUUAAAUACGUAAGUCUUCUGUCUCUGGAUAAUGACAGGAGUUAUCGUCAUCAACAUUUAUUGACUACUCACUACAAGCCAAGUACUCUUCAGACUCUGUGUAAUGAAUUAGGAAUUGGAAGGGAGUGGAUAGAGAGGUGAGGAACUGAGAAAAGCACUUCAUAAACAUAAGGCUUAAAAAAAUCUGAUUUAUUUGGGUGCUGUCAAUAAACAGGCUGAUAAAGCUGUCUAGAAUGGGCAAGAAAGGGGAGACAAGACAAUGCCGUGUCUCCUCUACGUUUUUUGUUUGUUUUUAUUGUUGAGGUUUGACUUUCAAAGAUACAUAUCCUCCAUCUUGGGAUCGCCCACACUGUUUCACUGUUGCCGUGGGAAAAACCGUUUUGGGGUGGCAGUGACCCUUGGGAGGAGAAAGGCCAGGGCAUUUGCCCGGUGGCUUUCGAGGAAGAUGUGCUGUUAGUUCUCCGGCCGGCCCAGAGGCAAGCACCGGAUCAGCCUUAAAGGGUUGUUUCGAGUUCAAGAGGUCUCGUGAAGCAGAAGAAGUCAUUGCCCAGCUUGUAGUUCAUAAACAAUAGCUGACAAAAUACAUGGAGAAUUUGGGCUGCAGGUGAAGGCGUAUUUUUGAAAAGAAGUUUGAAAGGAAACUGAAAGUAUCCAUAUCUCUGGAAUUCUUCACAUUUUCCAGCGUGGCUUCUCUUUCCAUUUGUUGGAAAUGUCUUUAAAACAAUUUGUAAAGUUGCAUUAAAAUGUGAAAAAAAAAA